AACGUUAGCUAAGUGGCCGUUUACAGCGCGUUUAACGGGGACGGGAGGCGACGGACUGCGGUCAAAAUGGAUCAGAUGCGGCAGAUGUUACUUCAGUGAGGACAGUAACUGAUCCUGAGGACCGAGCCGACCCUCACUCACACAGACCAGAGGAUGGUCCCCGGGGCCCCCACGACCACCACCAUGCUCCCCGCAUCCGAGGCUGCCAAAAUCUACCAGACCAACUACGUGCGCAACUCCCGCGCGAUCGGCGUCCUGUGGGCCAUCUUCACCAUCCUCUUCGCCAUCGUCAACGUGGUGUGCUUCAUCCAGCCGUACUGGAUUGGAGACGGCGUGGACACCCCUCAGGCGGGCUACUUCGGUCUGUUCCACUACUGCAUCGGGAACGGCCUGACCCGGGACUUGACCUGUCAGGGCAGCUUCACCGAGUUCAGCACCAUCCCCUCCGGUGCGUUCAAGGCCGCCUCCUUCUUCAUCGGCAUGUCCAUGGUGCUGGUCCUCACCUGCAUCGGCUGCUUCGCGCUCUUCUUCUUCUGCAGCACUGGCACCGUGUACAAGAUCUGCGGCUGGAUGCAGCUGGCUGCAGGUACAUGUCUGAUCCUGGGUUGCAUGAUCUACCCAGAUGGCUGGGACAGUGAUGAGGUGAAGCGGAUGUGUGGCGAGCAGACGGACAAGUACACACUGGGAGCCUGCUCGGUGCGUUGGGCCUACAUCCUGGCCAUCAUGGGCAUCCUGGAUGCUCUCAUCCUCUCCUUCCUGGCCUUCGUCCUCGGAAACCGCCAGGACAGUCUGAUGUCUGAGGAGCUGCUGGGAGACAAGAGCGGUAAUAACGCCAUAUAACUUCUGGUAUGAGUAAAGCAG